GCCCGCUAUGCUCCAUUUGCCUUGCACAUAUGCACAGUCCGGUACAGUACUCGAGUACAAGUACAAGUACAGGUACAUACGGCAACCAGAUAUUUCUGAAUGCGGUGUCACCGUACAAUCCGGCUCUCCGGUUAAUUUUUUUACGAGCCAGGGUCCAGCCCGAAUGCCCUAACGGCACUUAUAGGGAACUUUCGGCGCCUUUCUAUAAUAUAAAAGAGGCUGGAAGGAUACCGGUAGAGCAUGAGUACGAGUAGAUUAGCACCCUCUACGGAGCAACCAACAUCUCCCAGCACGGUAUGGCGUUUGCGGAUUACGACAAGAUCGUUCUCUUUGGAGACUCCAUCACUGAGCAGUCAUACGACCAGGCGAGGCAAGUUUCGACACUCAAGAGUGAUAUCGGAUUCCGUGAAGCUGAUGAUAGCUCGUGUGGAUCAGAGGAUUUGGAUUUGGUGCCGCUCUUACAGAUGGUAAGUGCCGAUCUGAUGUUGUCUAGAGCUUCCCCCUACCCAGGUUGACCCAUUUUUCUACUUGUAGUCUAUAGACGAAAAAUUGAAGUGGUCGGCAGAGGAUUCAGGUUCGUUUAGCGCCACAUACGAGUGGGAUACCGGUACUGGUACCUAAAUGGUGACUGUCGGAUUUCGCUGAGAUUUAAUCCGCGAUUCCCGGGAUACCGUAUCAUGUAGCGGGUACAACACUCUUCAUGCAUUAGAGCUUAUCCCGAAGAUCAUUCCUCCACCCACCGCAACUUCAAGGAUAAGACUCAUUGUGCGUUUCCUCCAUUCUUUCGGUUGCAAUACUUGAGGACACUCCCGAGGCAUUUUCUGAUCAUUGAGGGUUAGACCGUCUUCUUUGGCCCAAAUGAUGCUACACUUCCCGAUAGGUCGCAACAUGUUCCCCUUGACCAGUACUCCGAAAACCUGAAGAGGAUCAUAAACCAUCCUCUCCUAGUGGCCCACAGCCCAAGAAUCAUUCUCAUUACCCCUCCUCCAAUCUGUGAAUACCGCACACAAGACAGUGGUCUUGAGAAAGGAAUUUUGGGCAUACAGAGACUAGCCGCUAAUACGAAAAAGUACGCCGACGCAGCGCUAGAAGUCGGGAAGGCUCUCGGUAUCCCUACCGUAAACCUCUGGGAGGCCUUCAUGCAGUAUGCUGGGGGGUGGGAGGAGGGAAGCCCACUCCCCGGAUCAAAGGAGCUCCCAAGGAAUGAGAAAUUGGGAGAGCUUCUCAGGGACGGUAAGCGUUUCUACCCAUGACUUGCCGGAAGGAUUAUAGGAGAGGCCGAGGAUAGCUCAUCCCGUGCCUGAUCGACUUGCUGGGCCCGACUGAGGUGGGGAAAAUUGUAAUGGAAUAUUGAGGCUGAUCGGACUCCUUAGGACUUCACUUCGAGCCGAAGGGGUUGGUGCAUCACAAUCUAGACUGGACUGUGACCACAAUAUGGUAUCCCGCUAACACCUUGCUCAGGUACCGGAUUUUGUAUGACCUAGUCUUAGAGACCAUCCGGGAAAACACUCCUGAGCUUGACCCCGAGAACCUGGAAUUCGUAUUCCCGCACCACGAGAAGGCUCCAAAGUCCAAUUUCUAUACCUAUGGCCAGGCUUGAUGCAUGGUCGCUUCACAGCCAAUUAGCAUACCGGUAUGCGGGAGAGAUUCUGGAUAGGAUGGAACCUGUAUCGCUAAUAUCAGCCCCAGCUACCAGCAGUGGUUAGUCGAUGCUAGAGCGAGUGGUUAGCUAAGAAGGCCAUUAUUACCCAAUAACACGGGGGUUGUAGAUACAAUUACUAUGCCGUUAACCAGUUGUAGUGUAGACGUGCACAUUCAAGCAUCGCAUUCCAAGUGAAAUUUGCUAUUGCGACCACUAGUGCAGCAGAUGUCCUAUCAUACCGGUAUUAUUACUGCAGUAAAAUCCAAACACUAUUGAGCAUCGGUGGACUGGUGCGCAUUGUAUGAUAUACGGUAAUCUCAGACUUUAUGCCUCCCCGGACUGGACCGCGGCUCAGAGUAAUGCUGCCACGCCGCUCAUUACCCUGCGCGCGGCUCUCACUGUGUACCGGUAUGUCAAGUUACUAUCCUCGAUCCGAGGCACUCAUGUCAAUAAUUCUCGCAAUUAGGGGACAAUACGGUAAGUCAAUCCGCCGGUACACCGCUGGCUUAGUAGGAAGUUCCAGCGCAUACAAACGCAGCAACCCUAUGGAACCCCCCCGUCACGACCCGUGCAUGUAGGAGCAGGGUUCGCAAGGCAAAAAUAUAUUCAGUACCUUCCCCAGAGUCGAUUUUGCAUCUUAUUUCAUCCCAAGAUCAGACUUGCGGUGAAGCAGUCCCAGUGUUUUAUGUUUGGUCCGCACGCGUUAAAGUU